AUGCCCACAUCAGAAAGCCAUCAUCCCAAACAGCGUCCCCCACGCAAGAAGGCUUGCAAUAGCUGCACGAAAUCGAAAGUUCGCUGCAGUCUCGAAAAACCUGCCUGUUCGCGGUGUAGAUCGACAGGUCGUGUCUGCGAAUAUUCUGCCUCAGCGUUGACACAAGACUCCCCUCCUGGAGAAGGGAGUCUUACAGAAAACGCUGGGGCUGCCGUAUACCCCAGCUCGGCAGUAUAUUCUACACCUCGUUUUGAUUCAACGUCUGCCAUGCCCAUUCCUCUGCCUCUUGCCAGUACUCCUUCGAGUACAGCCUGGAGCCCGUCUAGUCACUUUCAUGUACGGAGACAAGCCACCAGUGGCUGGAGAGACGGAGAUGGGCUUGAUUUUCGAACGGUUGAUUUAGUACCGAGCGCUAAUGCGGAGGAUAUUCGAGAUCGCUGGUUGAGACCUUAUAUUCUACCGCCCUUGGGGCAAGACGAGAUACCCAAGGUUUACCACCCUUACACGUUGCAGUACAUUUCACGGAUAUUGAGCACUUAUCCACGGUUUAUGCUGAAAGAUAAGGAUGUUCCUCCCAUAAUUCAUCGCUCACAGAUUGAAAGGAAAGAAUUACCUCGAUCACUUGCAAACUGCUACAGUCUGGUACGAAUGUGGGAACAGGCGGUACCAGGAAGUGAGAUGAUGGUAAUGAGUACGCUGGAAAAGGAAAUGGAACGACUGGCUGAAGAGCAUCCUGAAAAUGACUACGAGCUCCUCGCAGCUUUCCAAGCCUACUUACUGUAUACAAUUAUGCUAUACUUCUCCCCACGAGGUGGUUCAUCCCUUGUCAAUGAUAAGAUAAUGAUCACCCUCAUGGAGAUGGCCUUCCGGACUGCCCGGAAUGGCCUCUUCUGCGCCGCAGAAUUAGCCCAUGCUCGGCCGACGUGGGAGUCCUGGAUUGUGGUCGCCGCCAAGCGUCGCGCUGUUUUCACUAUGUACCUUUUUAGCAGCGUGUACAACGCAGAUAGGCUACUUCCAAAUUUUGUGGCAGAUGAAAUGAGAGGAGUGUAUGCGCCGGGCAACAAGGCAUUAUGGGAAGCCGAAGACCGGGAAACCUGGAGCAGGGAAUAUGAUAGACACCUCUUACGGUGGGAGGAUGGGAUGUUGGAGAUCUCAGAACUAUGGAGAUCAGCGGAGACGGGCUCAGCUGAGCGCAGAGAAAGAAUCGAGCGAUGGGUGCAGUCGGCGGAUGAGUUCGGGAUGAUGAUAUUCGGAGUCUGUGUCCAUAUCCAUGGUUGUUAA